AGAGGUUUGUAGGCGGAGUUUCUGCGCAGGACGAGCAGGGAGGAGGCGUGGCCAAAGCCGGAAGCUGCGGCGUCCGGGAAACAUCAUGGCGCUGAACGCGGCAGGCGACGAACCGGAGUGGCAGCCGCCGUCGGAGGCGGAGCUGAAGGUGAUCCAGGCCCGGCGCGAACGGCAGGACAAGAUCAGCAAGCUGAUGAGCGACUAUCUCCUCAAGGGCUACCGCAUGCUGGGCGACUGCUGCGAGGAGUGCGGGACCAUUUUGCUGCAAGACAAGCAGAAGAAAUUGUACUGUGUUGCCUGCCAAGAACUUAAUUCUGAUGUUGACAAGGACAAUCCGGCCCUGAAUGCUCAAGCUGCUCUAUCCCAAGUGCGUGAACGACAGCUAGCUGCUAACUCGGAUGAUUCCACUUCACCUGAGUACCUCUCCUCUCUGCCAACUCCUCGCCAUGUGCCACGCCCAGAACACUGUGAAGGGGCAGCAGCAGGACUCAGAGCUUCUGCCAUUGCUCCAGCACUCCCAGCCCCUGUUGCAGUGCCUGCCUGCCCACCUUCCACUGGUGUCCUGGCUGCAGCAGAGGAGGCCAUACUACAGAAGAUCAACUGGGCUGUCCACGAGCUCCAGCAGAGCACUUGCGUUGAAACAAGCAUACAGCUCUGCUCACUUAUCCGGUCCUGCACAGAAUCCCUCAAAGGAAUUAAGGAACUGUUGCAGGGAGGUGGCCCUGAUGUAUAGGAGCAUUGGCAAGCCAUAGGAGCACAGCCUUGCCUAUGGCACCAAGCAAUGUGUCUCUUAGAGGCUAGAUUAGAGUCUGAGCAGUUCAAACAAGACUGUGCUCUUUCUUCCGAUUAAAAUGUGUUGCUUUUUGUCUCA